GGUCAACAAAGGCACGUGAUUCUCGAACGCUCUCCCAUAUUUGGCCGCAUACCUGGCAAAGUACAGUAGGGGCUUCAUUGCGUAUAAUUCAUGAUUGCGUCCAUAAAUCGUGCAAGCACACAGGAUUAUAGCGACAAAGAUCUACAAAUCGAGGCUUUAAAAUCCAAGCAAAUGAGCUCUUACUUUGUAAACUCGUUCUCGGGGCGCUAUCCAAAUGGCUCCGACUAUCAGUUACUAAAUUAUGGGACUAACGGCGCUGUGAGCGGCUCCUUCAGAGACCCUGGCACCAUGCACUCCGGGUCUUUCGGCUACAACUACAAUGGCAUGGACCUAACCGUGAACCGCGCCAACAACGGCGGCCACUUCGGGGCCGUGCGGGAGGAUGCCCGGGGAUUCGCGCCGGACGCCCGGUACAGACAGACGCCCAACUGCUCGCUCGCGUCUCCGGAUCCGGUGCCGCCGCCGUCGUGCGCCACGGCCAGCCGCGAUCCGCUGGAACUAAAAAGCCCCUCUCCCCCCUGUGACCGGAGCUCGACCUCGAGCGGCAACAAUCUCAACAAAAACAACAACAACGGCGGCGGCGCGCUUUUCACGGAGAUCGAGGACCCCUCCGUCAACUCCGAGACCGAGGAGGGCGCGCACGGCAGCGGCGGCUCCAGCUCGGCACCCCGGGCGCAGCAGCAGCAGCAGCAGCACCACCAGGAUCCAAACGCCACCUCCUCCACCCCCUCAUCGAAUGAUUGCCAGUCGCCACAAAUAUUCCCCUGGAUGCGGAAACUGCACAUAAGCCAUGAUAUGACUGGACCAGAUGGGAAAAGGGCCCGAACCGCGUACACCCGGUACCAGACGCUAGAGCUGGAGAAAGAGUUUCACUUCAAUCGGUACCUGACCAGGCGGCGGAGGAUAGAGAUCGCGCACGCGCUGUGUCUCUCCGAAAGACAGAUCAAAAUCUGGUUUCAGAACCGCAGGAUGAAGUGGAAGAAGGACAAUAAGCUGAAAAGCAUGAGUCUGGUGACAGGAGGCAGCGCCUUCCACAACUGAAUAAUAAUAAC